GCGCACACGGCCUCUCAUACAUCACGGGUUUGUCUCGAGUGGUGUGACGAAGGGAUGGUGAGGUUCUUCUCCCAGUCUUCUCUGAUAACAGAGAGAGAGAGAGUCUUCUACAGAUCAGCUGCAGUGUGUUACAGGUGUGAUGGAUGUACAGGUGUGUUUUGCGAUCUCACUGGUUGCUUUGUUGGCCGUCGUGGACGCUCAGGUCCCUCACUGGGGGGGGUGUCCCGAACCGAGCACUCAGCCUGCCUUCAACCUCAAACGGUUUAUGGGACGCUGGUUCGAGGUGGCGAAACUCCCGGCACAGUUUGAGAAGGGGAGAUGUAUUGAGACGAACUUCACGCUGACAUCUGAGGGGUCGGCUCUCGUACAGAGCUCCGAGAUUCUAAAAGGUGAAGUGAGGAAGAUUGAAGGAACUGCUGUUGUUGAAGACCAGAGGAACCCAGCUAAACUGGGCAUCAGCUUUUCAUACGUUCUCCCCUACACUCCGUACUGGAUUCUCUCCACGGAUUAUGUCAACUUGGCCGUGGUGUACUCGUGCACGGACGUUUUCAGGAUCUUCCACGUGGACUUUGCUUGGAUAUUGGGCCGCGACCGCACUCUGCCCGGGUCCACCAUACAGCGUGCUAAAGCCAUUUUCAUGGAGAACCGCAUCGACGUGAGCCGCAUGAUCGCCAGCUCACAGGAGGACUGCGGCAGAACCGUGAGGAACCGGGCUGUGUUUCAGUCCUCUCUGUAGUGCGCCCUCGCUCAAGUUCCCUUGGUCCUGAUCAUUAGAGUUGUUCUGUUUAUUACAUAUCAUUUCUUCUGCACAAAUUCAACUCAUAGUGGAACCACACACACACAAGCAUCUACAAUCACACUUGUCAAACAGCGGUUAGAAUCUAAAACCUGCACAUUCUAGAUUGCAUAUUUCCAGCACUGUGCUGUCUGAGGAAGUUAGAACCAGACUCUCUUUCACACAGAAACAUUUUAGAAUUCCAGAGAAUUCACAACAAAGACUCUAGAACUUCCUUUACACUGCAAUAUGAAUUUUAGAACUUUUACUGUGAGGAUUGUAGUAUUCUAGAAUUGAAGAUGCUCAAAUUAGAUCCUAAGUAAACAUCCUAGAAUCUUUGUACUCUGGAGAACUCUAUAUUCUAUAUAUAAAUUCUAUAACCGUGAUCUGAAUUCCAGAACUUUGGCUAUGAGGAUUCUAGAACCGAACUGAUAAAUGCUGGAACCAGAUUCCCCAGGAGACGUUAGGAUCCUGUGACUGCAGUCUGAAUUGGGGAACGUUUGCACUGGGUGUAGUAGAAUUCUAUAACCGUGCUCUCUGAGGGUGCUAGAGCCAGCCAGACUCCCAGUGAGGAUUCUAGAGCCUCUUGCACUGGAAACCCUGAAGGGUCCGAUUGUUACCUGAAUUCUGGAAGUGUGCCUCUGAGGGUACAAGAAUUCUAGAAUGUUGCUAGAACCAGCAAAAGAUUCUAGAAGUUACUUUAGAAUGAGGAUUCUGUAACUGCCAUCUGAAUUCUAAAACUGUGCUACCUCAGGACGCUAGAACCCAUGUCCUGAAGAUGUAAAAAUUUUCCUGUGAUCUAGAACCUUUGAACAGAGGUUUCUAGAACUCUAGAACCAACAUGCAUAGGCCAGACACCAUGAUGCAAAAUUACACAACCUGCACAAUGAUGAAUCUAGAACUACAAUUGUGAUAGUAGAACCUUGACAGUGAGAGUCAGAUCCUCAUCUACAUUACUUGCAGUGUGUGUUUCUGAUACUUAGUGUUUAUAGUUAACUGAGUCACGUGAUGCAUGCGCUUUCUAACUCACUGAUCUUGUAUGAAAUGAGAAACACGAAAAUAAAUUUCCUAAACCACCA